GGAGCUGUCCAGCAAUACGAAACAACAGGUGGACUUGUCACACAUCGACCAUGACAUGAGAGUCAUCUUACAAUGCCUGGACUAGGACUGCUUCUAUCACUGGCGGCAGUGCUCGUCGGUGCGAGCUAUGUACUGCUGCCAUACUUUGUCCGAUUCAUUGCACAGAAUGUCGGCUCCACAGUACGCGCCAGGACACAGACAAGGAGAGAGCUGCUGCUCAAGAGAGCCAACGAUGAAGAGUCCAAGUCACUUCCCAAGUCGAACAAGGAUCGUCUAGCCAAAGGAGACUUCAAGGGAAAGCCAACACAUGAGUGGGAAGGCAUCAUUGGCUUCUUCCACCCCUUCUGCAAUGCCGGAGGUGGUGGUGAACGUGUCCUCUGGGCAGCCAUCCGCGCAACCCAGGAACGCUACCCCAAAGCUCUCUGCGUAGUCUACACAGGCGACCAUGACGUCGACAAGGACACCAUCAUCGCAAACGUCAAGAACCGCUUCAACAUCCCCCUUCACGCCCCUCGUCUCACCUUCCUCUAUCUCAGCACCCGCGACUUCCUUCUUGCUCAACACUGGCCACACUUCACCCUUCUCGGCCAAAGCAUCGGCAGCUUAGUCGUAGGCUGGGAUGCCUUCAAUCUAGUCGUCCCGGACAUCUUCAUCGAUACAAUGGGCUAUGCCUUUACCGUCGCUUUCUCGCACUUCCUCUUCCCUGAUGUGCCCACCGGCGCUUAUGUCCACUACCCCACCAUCUCCACCGACAUGCUGGGAAGUCUAGACGCUUCCGGUCGUGGUGUUAAUGCAGGCUCUGGCAGUGGUUGGAAAGGAAAAGCCAAGAAGGCAUACUGGCACCUCUUCGCCCGUCUCUACAGCUGGAUUGGCGGUGAGAUCGACGUCGUGAUGACAAACUCCACCUGGACACAAAACCACAUCAAAGCUCUUUGGGGCAGCACUCGCCAAAAGAGACGUUGGACAAAAGACACCUUUGUGGUGUUCCCACCUGUCGCGGUCGAAGAGUUGGAACAAGAGAUUGAGGUCUCGGAAGAGUCCGAGAAGAGCAGGAAGAAGGACAUUCUCUACAUUGCACAAUUCCGUCCUGAAAAGGAUCACCAGAACAUAAUCAUGGCGUUUGCAGAGUUCCUGCGCGAUCACAAGACUGAUGCAAAGGAUACGCCUAGAUUGGUGCUUGUCGGAUCGGUCAGAGAUGAAAAGGACAAGAUGUUGGUGUACAAGUUGCGUGUGCUGGCGCGCGAACAACACAUUGCCGACCACGUCGACUUUGUCAUCGAUGCAAAGUGGUCGCAGAUUCUGGAUCGUUUGAGAACCAGCUGGAUUGGUGUCAAUGGCAUGUGGAACGAGCACUUUGGUAUUGGUGUUGUCGAGUACCAGGCUGCUGGUUUGAUAUCCGUGGUCGACGAUAGUGGUGGCCCCAAGUACGAUAUUGUGGUUCCGAUUGAUGGAAAGCCUACUGGCUUCCACGCGAAAUCACCUACAGAGUUCGCCAAGGGCUUCGCCAAAGCACUUGAUCAAUCGCCCUCAGAAACACUGGCUAUGCGCAAGAGAGCAAGAACCAGUGCAAAACGCUUCUCAGAGGAAGUGUUCCGCGAUAGCUGGAAUGCACAGAUGGACAGAUUGAUCCAACUUCGGUUCACGCCGAAGGGAGAGCGUCAAAAGCUUCAUCUGGAUUAGAAUUAGAUUCAUAUUUGAUGUUAUGAUAUCCCAUUAUUUACUCUGCUCUAUUUAAUCUAUAUGCUCUAUGUGGUGUAUCCUAUGUCAUUGCCAUUCAAUUCUCCUCCUUAUGAUCUAUUCUAUGCUUCUAUGUCCCAUCUCUCCUUGUAUCAUCUAAUCUAAUCCAUAUCAUGCCAUCUAUUGUAUAUCUCCUUCUGUCACUACAACUCAUGUUCUUCAACCUGCCCUCUACCCCGAUUCAACCUCCCACUCUGCAACCUCCUCACCACCUUCACCACCCUCGACCUCACCGAAGUCUGUUGCCCACUCUCUCCACGCUCAAAAGCCCCAUCAAUCUCCUCCAACGUCUUACCCUUCGUCUCCGGCAUCCCCCCCGCACAAACCACCACGGUCAACAAACUC